AUGUUCAAAAAAUUCAUUGAAAAUGAGAUAGAUUCAAAGUCAAGUGUUGAAUUGCGUGCAAAGUUCUUCAAAAAUAUGGAAGUUAAGCGAGAAAAGAUGUCUUCUGGUCAGCAGCAACAUCAACCACCACCACCACUUAAGAGGAUAAAAACCCUUAGUGAUAGGGAAAGGGAGCAGCUGUUAAGAAAAAAUGGUGUCCAAGCAAAUGAUAAGCAGAAUUUUGUAGAAAAGCCAAAAGUUGCAAAAGAAAAAGGGCAGAAUUUGAAGAAAAGUAAAGUACAGAAGGAAGCAAGUAUGACUCACUCACAAGGAUCAACAUGUAGACAAGAAAAAGAACUUCCUUCUAAAUCUACUGCUAUGGCUCACAAGAAUACUACAGAAGUAGAUUCUAGAAUGAGUCAAGAUUUGAAGAGAAAAGAGACCACAAUUGAAGAUGAUAUUGAAGAUUAUGGCAGCUUGCAAGAAAGGCCAACUAAGAAGGGAAAAACACGUCAAUUUGCUUCAAUGCCGAUUGAUACAUUUCUUAAACUUAACAAUGAACUUGAUGGUGAAGAGCAAUUAGAUGAGAAUGAAGGAGAUAUUAUAGAGGAGCAGGACAAGGAUUAUAUCAAUCCAACUGAGGCUGAGAACUUAGACAAUACUUUGAAAGAGACAACAGUGAAGAAAACACGAGGACCUACACAAUGCUUGAAGAUUCAUGCAAGACAGUUGGAAGAUAGAGAACAAAUUACUCUAGAUAGUGAAGGAGAGGCAAUUGGUCCUACUGAUGAAGCUGUAAACAACUUGAGCAAAUUUUUGGGCACAGUGGCAAGGAAUUCAGAUUUUUGUCCAUUAAUUUACACAAAUUGGAAGGGUAUUAAAGAUAAAGAAGCCAUUUGGGAAUAUGUUCAAGCUAAAUUUAUUAUUCUAACUGAAGGAAAGAGGAUGGUCCUUGCUCGUAUCAAUGACAACUGGAGAAGGUAUAAGACUACAAUAAAGUAA